GUAGGAUGUCAAGUUGCAGCCGCCUCGCUUGACCGCAUAUAAACAGUGUUUAGGGCCGGGUCGAUUGGUAGAUAGCCGCCAAUUGUAGUGAAGUCCCCUCAGCUACUGUCGUCAUUGGCCGAUGUGACAUAUAUACCUGAUGAAGCAACUAAUGCAUGCAUACAACGCAACCUCCAACCUCUGUUCCCAGCUAGUCUCAGUACCAUAAAUCAUGCCAGUCGUCGAGAAACAAGACAGAAUCAUUCUUCAGCAUCCCAAUGGUGCAUCCGCCGAGAUCCUAUACUAUGGUGCUACAGUGAUAUCUUGGAAGGUUCCGUCUCCUACGAACGCUGAACCCUCUGAGAGGCUGUUCGUAUCUUCCAAGGCUGCUUUAGAUGGCUCCAAGCCUGUGCGCGGCGGCAUCCCUGUCGUAUUCCCAUGCUUCGGUGCACCGACGCAUCCGGAUCAUGCCAAACUUCCCCAGCAUGGUUUCGCUAGAAGUGAAAUUUGGAAGUUUGGAGGAAUUGUGAUGGACAAUGAGGCAGGCGUUUCAGUCCGUCUCACACUGGAACCCACUGCCAGUAUCAAGGAGAAAUACGAGAGACCUUUUGAACUCGCCUACGUAGUUACUGUGGCCGAACAUCAGCUCAGCACCAAUUUACACGUCAAGAACACUGGACUCUCCACUACCGGUCAUCUGGAGUUCCAGGCACUCUUCCACAACUACAUUCGCGCCCCGGCAGAUGAAGUUGUAAUUACACCUUUGCAUGGGGUGACGUAUUAUGACAAGACUGAGCCAACCGAAGAGUUGAAGGCUCAAGCGAAGACAGAGACUCGCCCUGCAGUUGACGUCCAGAACUUCACAGACUUUGUGUACGAAAACGCCCCCGGAAAAUAUGUUGUAACAUCUCCUACCGGAAAGUUGGAGAUCAAGACGAAGAACUUCCCCAAUGUUGUUGUGUGGAACCCGCAGGCCGAAGCUGGCUCCAAGAUCGGCGACAUGGAGACUGGCGGAUGGGAGAAGUAUGUCUGUGUAGAGCCAGGAUAUGUCCGGGGAUUCGUUUCUUUGGAUGUUGGGCAGACAUGGACAGGACAGCAGGUUUUGACAGUAUUGGAGUAAGAAAUUAGCGACCACGGAAGUAUACUAAGGAUAACAAAGGUGUUUCGUACUAUUACAAUGUUUUUCUCGAUUCCAUGUAUCGAAAUGUUUUAUGCACUGUACGCGUGCUGUCCGAGGCUUACUUCAAUACGUUCCUAAGCACUGUGACAGGAUGGUGUAACACAUUGAUCGACGCGGCGCAAACAAGUCUACACACUUCGCGUGGCCAAUUUCAGUUUGACCUCACUU